CGCCAGCACAAGGCCACCAUGACACUCAAACUGGCGACGCCCCGACGUCGUCUCCUUCCUCGCGACCGCCUUAGCUUAGCUCCGUAUCCGUCUUCCCCUGCCCUGCCCUGCCCUGCACGCGCGAUUGCCCCCGCUCCUAAGCAAAUGAGGCCACCACGUACCAAUCCUUACAGGCCAAGAAACCCCGCCCAAUUUAUGCCGCCCUCAGCGAGAUGCCGCCGCAGCCACGCCCGCCCACAUACAUGGCGCACUCCGGUGAGGACAUGGCGGCUUUCUACGACGCCUGGGUGGGCCGCGAGGAGGAGAUCGUCACCCAGCUCACGGCCGCGCUCUCGGCGCGCCAGCGCGACGCGCUGGUGCCGCUCGUGGACGCCGCCAUGGACCACGUCGCCUCCUACUACGAGCACAAGUCCCGCCUCGCGGACCGCGACGUGGUGGCCGCGCUAGACCCACGCUGGCUCAACCCGCUGGAGCGCACCUUCCUGUGGGCGUGGGGGUGGAAGCCCGCGCUGGUAUUCCGCUUCCUGGACGGCCAAGGCGUGCGCUCUCACCAGCAGCGCCGCGCGCUCGAGGACCUGCGCGCGGCCACGGAGGCGGCCGAGAAGGAGGUGGAGCGGGAGGUGGCGGCCGUGCAGGAGUCUCUGGCGGGACCUAGGGUGCUGGCGGCGCUGCGCCGGCAGCACCCUCUGAACGGAGAAGCGGACGAGGCCGUCGCGGCGGUGGGAAGGUCGCUCCGCGUGCUGCUGGCCGCGGGCGACACGCUCCGUGAGCGCACGGUGCGCGGCGUCGUCGGCGUACUGGUGCCGGAGCAGGCGGGCGCGUUCGUUGCCGCUAUGCUCAGAUUCCAUCUCGGGGUCCGCCGCGCGGGACGAGUCUGGAGCUCCGGCCACGGCCGCCGCCGGGCACCAUAGCUAUAGCCGGUGAACUCCACCUAUGCGCGAGGCGAAGGCCGUUGCGUCUUACGUAUCCACGUGGGAAAAUUAUGCGCCGUUUUAUGUCCUUGUGUGUCAGUCUAGCCACUGC